AUGGUCGCCCAGAAACUCCCUCCCGAGCCUAAGGCCCUUCGUGUUGCCAUCAUAGGCGGUGGCCCGGCGGGCCUUGGUGCUGCAAUCGCUUUAUCUGCCCUUCCAAAUGUGCAAGUUGACAUCUAUGAGAAGGCUCAGGUGCUUCGAGAGGUCGGCGCAGGUAUUAGAAUAGGAUAUAAUGGCUGGAAAGUCCUUGAGCUCUUGGGCGCUGCCGACAAGAUCACGGGGCACUUGAAGAAUUCUGUCACUCAUCGAAAUGGAUUGAACGGCAACGUCGUGGGUGGUACUGGCGAAUCCUCGUUUCCUCUCCAAUACCAGCCUCGUCGAGUUCGAAGAACACGACUUCAAUCAGGGCUGGUGUCGACUGUACCUGAAGGAGUCAUCCAUCUGAACAAGGGGGUUGCAUCUAUUGAAGAUAUCUUCAAUGGAGGCGUGAAGGUCAACUUUCAGGAUGGUACAUAUACAACAGUGGAUCUUGUUGUUGGCGCAGAUGGCAUACGCUCUGUUGUUAGAGACAGCAUUUUUCCCGAUCACACAAUCAAAUUCACAGGCACAACAAUAUGGCGCACGCUCAUUCCCAUAACUAGCGUCAAGGAUAUUGGGCCCGAGGUCUAUGCAGGAACUUCUUGGUGGUUUGGAACUGCAGGUCACGUCUACUUCUCUCCUGUUGACGACAAAAACGAACUUGGUGAAGAGGAACGACAAUUCGAGAUCUCCUGCCGAAAUUUAGUUGACCCAGCCACUGAUACUACCAAGCGCUUCAGUUGGGGAGUACCGGCCACCAAUGAGAGAGUAGUUUCACAUUUCACUGACUAUGACCCGAGAGUGCGAGAAGCACUUUCCAGAGUCCCUGAGGGAAACUGGAAGGAGUUUGCGGCAUUCGCCGGACCUCGUUUAGAAACCCUUCAUGGUUGGGACAAAGUCGUCCUUCUUGGAGAUGCCAGUCAUCCCCUAUCAGGUGCAUUUGGAUCUGGUGCUGCUUUUGCGUUGGAAGAUGGUUGGGUCCUGGCUCGAGCCAUUGAGCAUACCCGCGGUGCCCCCAAGGGGCUUGCAAAGGCUCUCCAGGUCUUUGAUGCGAUUCGAUCGCCCUAUUACCUGAGGAUGUACGAAUACCUUGAUGGUCAGAAAGACAAAACGCAAUCGGCACAGCAAAGUAGUGAGGAUCAAAGCUUCGAGGCCAAAUUGAAGAUCAGAGUCUCCUCGUUUGGUGGAGAGAAAUUCCUUCCCUGGAUUUACCACAACGAUAUUGAAAAGGUGUGGGACGAGUAUCUGAUAGGUGAAACCAGCACGAAUGGUGUUCACUGA